GCCAUGUCAGAAUCAGCUGCCUCACAUUGAUCGCAUCAAUGGUAUGGUGUUACGGUAGGUCAAAGAGUGUCUUAUUUUAAUGUCACUGACAACAUUUCCUGUGUUAAAAAGUUUACAGGAUUACAACGUUGUAUGCUUAUUUUUACUAGAAUUAACAUAUAAUUCUCUCUGCAACAGAUUUACAUUUAUAAAUAUAUGAUCAGACUUUAUUUAUAGGAAUAUGAUUCUUUCUUAUUCAAAAAAAGUAAUGAAAAUGUGGAUUAAAAUAACCGCUUUAAGUAGUAGCAAUGCACGUUUUUCUUUUUUUUUUGUGGUUUGGUAGGUGUGAGACUGUCAGACCACAAAUAAAUCCAAUAAAUUAGCCAAGUACAAAGUAUUAAUUGUAAAUAUGUUAACUAAAGAAAUAGUUCAAUUCCAGGAAAAUGCAUACUUUACAAUAUAUUUCUUUUUGCUUUUUUUUACUUAAAGCAGAAUUAAAGCCAACUUUUCCUUGUCUUUGAUUGAAUCUUGAUCUUGUAUUGGUGUGUUCUCAUUCAGUUUUUGCAACAUGUGUUGAUGCUGCAUUUGCUCUUGUGUGUCAUCAUCUUGUGUAAAUGAUGAAAAUGUUUCACUUGCUUCAUCAGCUGACUCAAAAAAAAAAAAAAAAAAAAAAACCUGGACGCUGUUUCUUUAACAGGCUUCUCUGCUGCUCUGUCUUGUGCUUGGGGCAUAGUGGGGGAGGGAGGGCUGUUGUUGCCGGAAUGGCCAGCUGUGAUUGGCUGAGUCUUACCGAGGUUGAUGACAUCACUCGGAGGAGAGGCCUUGUGGUGUAAAAUAACAUGUCCUUUUAUGGGAAGAGGGGGACUGUUCCAUUUUCAGGUAGAGGUGAGAGGUCUUUCAGAGCUCUUGUUGUUUAGAAUCUUUAUGUAGCUUUUAGGAAAAUUAUUUAUGUUUUUUCUUAAUUAUUGUCUCAUUCAGGGAAAUGUGUAAAAUAAUAAAUAUGGUAAACAAUAUUUGUGCUUAUAUUAUGCUUCUUUUAGAUCAUUUUUAGGUAAUUCAAGUAAAAUAUUUCAAAUACUUGAAAUGUAAAAUUAGCCAGCUUUAGUGCUUGUAGAAACUAAACAACUCGUUUUGUGUCUUUUUUGUGCAUUUUUAUGUACUAAACCAGUCAGAAACAAAAGCUGCUUCCCCCUGUCAUUUUACCUAGCUUGUAACCCCCCUGCAGUUUGCCGAUGUGGUAUCUCCCGUGGAUAAGCCGCCACCUCCCCUCCCUGAGUCAGAUUUGUCUCUACUCUAAGGAAAUACACAGUACCUUCGAGUAAAGUUGAGAAACUCUUGCUACUCUUUCUGCCAACCGGACGCCAACAGAAACAGUUAGUUAAAAUAAAAUGGUGUGGUUGUCUUCACUGGAGGAACAUUCUGCAAAAGUUUAGGCCGGCGAGUCAUGUCAAGUAUACUUUUCAGUCCCUGUGAGAUCCUCUGAAAUCUCCUCCCCUCCUCCUUCCAAUGUUUCAGUGGCUGAGGCCAUGGCCUCUCAGUCAGGCAACAUGAACCGUGAGGACCGGAAUGUACUCCGAAUGAAAGAAAGAGAAAGGAGAAAUCAAGAAAUUCAGCAGGGAGGAGAGGCUUUUCCAGCUAAUUCCCCUCUGUUCCCCGAACCCUACAAAGUGGUCAGCAAAGAAGACAAACUAUCCAGCCGUAUUCAAAGCAUGCUGGGAAACUACGACGAGAUGAAAGAGACAAGUGUUGACGCACUUCCAAAACUCGGGGGUAAACCUUCAAACAGCACGUCUUCCUCUGAGGAGAAAUUGGCCGCGCCUCUGUUCGGCGGAGAUCAGCGCGGCAGUGAGAGCAGUAAAUGGACUCCUGUUGGCCCUGCACCUGGUGGAUCAACGUCCCAGAAACGCUCAGGACUUCAGGGUGGGCACGGUAGCCAGAGGAGCAACGGCGGCAGCGGUGGGAGCAGCAGUAGUAGCCAAAGAGGGGAGAGGGAAAAGAAGUCAAGCAAGCAUAGCGGAGGAUCAGAGCACUCAAAGUCCCACACCUCAAGUCCGGCCAAGAGCUCAUUGAGUUCCUCCAGCAGCCAAUCCCGGAGCUCGUUAUCUGCAGAGACGCAUCACUGCAAGGAACGCUAUCGCUCCAAGUCUCCACUGGACAGAGAAGCCAACUGGGACUCACCCUCACGGGUUCACACUUCCUUCCCUAGUGGACAGCACUCGAGUCAGUCUUUUCCCUCAUCGUUGAUGCCUAAAACAACCACCAUGCAGCAAAAACCCACAGCUUACGUACGGCCUAUGGAUGGCCAAGAAACGGCAGAACCUAAGAGUUCACAAGCGGAGAACUAUAGUGGACAGCCGCACAGUGGCACCAUGGGGGAGAUGAAGUCCAAUGGCAAAGUCUCCCUCACCAAACUUAAGAUUCCCUCGCAGCCUGUUGAGGGAUCUGGCGAUGCCAACAGUGUCGCUGAAAUUUUGAAGGAAAUGACUCAGUCGUGGCCUCCGCCACUAACGGCCAUCCACACUCCAUGCAAAACAGAGCCCUCCAAGUUUCCAUUCCCCACCAAGGAAGCACAUCCUUUUCCAAGUGGACACAAGCGGGGCAGUUCGUCAAAAAGCUCCAGCAGCCACCAAGCUAAAGAUGGCAGUAUGCUGAAAGAAGAUCUGAUGAUAAGCAGCAGUGAGGACAGCGAUGGUGAACAAGAAACCAAGAAUGCCUCAAGGAACACAUCAGCAAGCAAUAACAGUGAAGCAGCUGAGCAAUCGAGGGAUGACUCGAGCAGCCACAGUGGUUCAGAGAGCAGCUCGGGCUCCGACAGUGAGAGUGAAAGCAGCACAUCAGACAGUGAAGCCAAUGAACCCCCACAACCUGCCUCACCCGAUCCUCAAGGCUCCAACAAGUGGCAGCUCGAAAACUGGAUCAAGAAGACUCAAGACAACAAUAAUACUCCACCCAAGUACAAGAAGGAUGGCCGAGAUAACAGCUCAGGGCGCGGUCACGGUAACCAGGGAGGGGGUUCAAAAGACUCUGCGUUGCCACCUCCGAGCCGGGAUCUACGAGCGCCGCAAAAAGGGGCGGAGGGGGGUCGCGGCCGGCAAAAAUCCCCCGCACAGAGCGAGAGCGGCACGAACUCGCGAAGUCGCGUGGGCAAAAAGCAGCCGAAAAAAUCAGAGAAGCCCCCAGUCGUGGAAGAGCCCAAAGGUGGCUUAAGAGUGGAGAGUGAGACGGCUCCAGUGGUGCCGCAUACCAGACAAACGGCUGGCACUAAGGGUCCCCGCAAACCAAGCACCAGAAAGGACCUCAAGUCCUCUCCCAGGUCUGCUGCAGCCCCCGCCCCCGUCGUUCCUGGCAAACGUAAAGCCAAGCCUCCCCAGUCCCGUGAGGUGGUUUCCACAGACCCCUCAUCUUCAGACUCCGAGGGGAAUGACAGCAUCCCGUCCUCAUCGCAGACCCCAAAGUACACAGAGAGCAUCAGAACCCCGGUGUGUAUAUUUGUGACCGAGGAUAAAGAGCUGCUGUCUCCGCUCAGUGACCCCGAGGACCGCUACCCACCAAGACAGCCCCAUCAAGAGGUCCUACUAGUUAAGAUAGAUCUCAGCUUGCUAUCCAGGAUCCCGGGACGGCCGUAUAAGGAGCCCUCAGAGAUCAAAGUGGAAAGUGAAGACUCUCCAGACAGAGAUACCAACAACAAGAAAAGCUCUGUUAAGCUCAAGAGGAGACAUAAGAAUGACGACGAAAGCUCAAAGCCUGGGAGUAAACGCUUCAAACAGGAAGGAAAAUCACCUUAUAAAAACGAUAAAAAAGAGUCUAAAAGGUCUUUGGACAAGAAAGAGGAGCCCGUGUCUCCUGCUUCCAUGCCGGGGCUUCAACGGACACCGAAGGCAGAGCAUCCCAGUCGGAAGAGGACGGCCAGCCAGUCCUCCACCUCGCUGUCGAGCGGGACCGGAAGCGGAAAAGAGGGAAGCCAAAGUGCCAAGAGCAGCAGCACUCCCAAACACAGGAAGGGAGAGGACAAGGGCAAGACACGGGAUGGCAAGGAGAAGUCCUCAAAGAGCUGCGAUAACCAGCUCGUACCUCCUCUCUCCUCGGAUGGCUCAAAGUCUCAGAGAUCCAAGCUGGUGUUCGAGGACAGGGUUCAUUCAGCAGAUCACUACUUACAGGAAGCCAAGAAGCUAAAGCACAACGCAGACGCUCUGGUGAACCGGUUUGAGAAGGCCGUUUACUACCUGGAUGCUGUGGUGUCGUUUAUUGAAUGCGGUAAUGCCCUGGAGAAAAGUGCCCAGGAGGCCAAGUCUCCCUUCCCAAUGUAUGCAGAAACCGUGGAACUCAUCAAAUACACUAUGAAAUUAAAAAGCUACAUGGCUCCAGAUGCUACUUCAGCAGACAAGAGACUGGCUGUGCUUUGUUUGCGAUGCCAGUCUCUUCUGUACCUGCGGUUGUUCAAGUUAAGGAAAGACAGCGCUCUGAAAUACUCCAAAACUCUCACUGAACACUUGAAGAAUUCUCUGAGUAACACCCAGGCUCCCUCUCCUGGAAUGGGAAAUAAGGCAGCAGGCAUGCCCUCUCCAGUGUCACCCAAACUGUCACCGGGUUCAACCAGCGGCUAUGUAUCCAGCAGCAGCAGCAGCGCCAGCUCCUCUGUGACUAUACCUCAGCGCAUCCACCAGAUGGCUGCCAGCUACGUCCAGGUCACCUCCAACUUCCUAUACGCCACUGAGAUCUGGGACCAGGCUGAGCAGCUGUCCAAGGAGCAGAAAGAUUUUUUCUUGGAGUUGGACAAAGUGAUGGGUCCUUUGAUCUUCAACACCAGCAGCAUGACAGAACUUGUGCGUUACACACGGCAGGGGCUCCACUGGCUGCGCCUGGAUGCUAAACACGCCGCCUAGCGCAGGCCCCACCCCCUGCACGCUGCUUCCUUGCACACGCCGACACCUCAGCCUCUCGUGCUUACCGACCUGAACUCAAAAGACACACACAUCCACACAUAUGCAAACACAGUCCACAUCUGCUCCUCAGCUUACACAGGGCGGACUUCUUAAACAACACUGUGUCCAUUUUCUGCACCAGCUUGCCAAAAACACUGAGCAAUUAGGGUAUCUUACAUCGGCAACGCAAAGGGCAGGUACAUCUGCAGCAGUAAUAAGAGAGCCUGUCACCUGGCUUCGUGAAUCAGCCUUUCUUACAACAAUUCUUGCAGGCUGUUUAUAUUUGCUUGGCAUGAAAGAUCUGGGUGAAUUAUUAAUUCCGAAUACACUAAAACUGGGGUUUGGUUUAUAGGCUUCUUUAGCUUAUAACAGUUUAUUUUACUUUGUUUCACCAAAGUACCUCCCAGGAACACCAAAGGUGCUUUAAAAUGAAGGUUUCUCUUAGUCAUUUUUGUGCCUUGUAUGUGAGCUACAGGAAAACUAUCAUCCAAUUGUUUUUAGUUUUUUUUUAAGCUAUUGCCACAGGUUCUUCUAAUGUAUAUUUUAAUUAUUUAACAAGUAUUGGAAGCCGGCAACAUUUAUAUUUUUUAUUGCAAUUUCAGGUCUUUUUAAGUUACUAAAAUAACCAUUAAUUGCUGUUCGUUUCCUCUGAGUUUAUUGAUUUUUUAACGUCUCAGAGGCGGAGGAGGAGGAAAAGGUUAACGUGCACACCAGAUUGAUAUUUUUGAAUCCUAUAUUUAUAAAAUAUUCUAUAUUGAUCAGUGUAUUUUAUCUGUUCAGAUCAGAAGCUUUUUUUGGCCUGCUAACCAAUGAAAAUGUUAAGUUAUUUCAGCUGUUAUGGCUUUGAAAGAUGCUCUGCUCCUUUUGGAAAGCUGCAGGGAAUUUUUUAGAUGAUUGACUUUCACUCAAUUUGCUGAUAGAUGUUUUGCUUUCGGUAGCUUCCAAAUUACCAUUUGACGUCUUUCCUCUUGUAGCCACGUUGUCUUUAAAAAUCCAACCCUUUUUGCAGAAGUAUACAGUUUUUUUUUUGUUUUUUGUUUUUUUGCAUCAGUAUAUUCAGAACAGCAGGGACUGUGGAAGUAUUCUAAUCUACAUGGUGUUCCACCAUUAUGUUGCAGGGUAUAGAAACUAAUUUGGCGAGAUUAAAUGAAAUAUAUUGUUUAGGAUGAGAACCACAUUAGUGAAGGAAAUUAGAAGUGUUGCGUUUAUAUAACAGAGUUUAAAAUCUAUAACUGUGUAUCGCAGAUGAGAAUUAUAAAUACAUAUACGGAUUCUAUUUAUAUACUGAGCUUCUUUUGUCUUAUGGCCAAAUAAAUGCUAAAUUUCAACAAAACAAAAGUAUUUUUGAUGUAAUUGUUCCUAUUUAAAUGAACUCAAUCAUGCAUGUCUUACACAAAAGUAAAAUUACAACAUUGAUAUACCUGCGUUUUUAAUGAUUUUGUCAUUGACUUCGGUGAAGGUGUUAAUGAUGCUUCCAGGUGGGUUGGGUGUCAUCUUCAUUAGCAGGAGGAUCUGUCCUUUUAUUUCCUCAUUUUUUUUUUAUGUAAUAAAACAUGCUGGAAAUCCUGGGCCAAAUAGUAUUUUAAUAAUAAAUUCCUAAUAUAAUCAUUUUUUUAAACUCUAAAGGAAAGUGUGAAAACAUGUUUUAGGCAUAUUUAGCUUUCUGAAUAAAAUCACAGUAAAUUACUGUUUGGUCCAGCUAUUUUUCUUUCUUUCUUUAACUCUUCACUGGCUCCCUGCGUUUACUGGAAGAGGGAGAUACUGUUAUUUUCUCUUUAACUUGAAAAAGAGAAAGUCAAAGGAGGUAUUCUUUUAAUCUAUGCAGGAUUUUUCAAAAACAAAAAAAGACUCCCUCUUACAUUUUUUUCUGUCUCAGUGAGAAACCUUUUACUCAAGUGUCCAAGGCCUUCAGCUUUUGCAAUUUUUGUGUACUAGUUUAGUAAAUGUGUGUGUAAAUAUUUUUUUUUUGUAUAACCAAAUGCAUAUGGCUGUGAGCCAUUUUGUAUUUAAAAGCUGGAGGCAACUUUUCUCGUAGGAAGUCGUCUAUGGGUUUUGCCAGCUCAGACAAUGUCUUCAUACACUGGUACAAUUGCAAGUUGAAGUUGGCACCUUGUGUUCCCUAUACGCUAUCUUAUACUUAAAAGAAAAAUGUUUUUUAAAACAAAAAAAAAAUAAUUUUUAACAGUUUGCUACUCACUUAUUUAUUUUUUCUGCCCCUUUUUGCGCUAUUUCUUUACUAUUUUUGCCUUUUUACGGAGUUCCAUUUUAAGAAAUAGGAAGAUGUAUAUGUAUUGUUUAUGAUGAGAUUUUCAUUGUAAGUAGUAAUUAAUUAAUUCUAACUUUAAAGAAUCCAGGGUAAGAUGAGUUUUUUUUUUUUUUAAGUAGGAAGUUGGUAACACUUGCAUGUUUCUAUUUAAAUACAAUUGUAUAAAUUGUAAAUAUAACAUUUCUUUAAGGGUGGAUUUCUACUACAGGUUGACAUUUUUAUUAAACGUACACAAUGCUGUAAAUAUAUUGUGAAAUACUUAAUGCACAUUUUUUUUUUCUUCCUGUGGGUUUUUUUUCUAUGUUCUUUCCUCCUCAAAGGUGUUACAGAUGGCAUCCUAAUCUAUUAACACUGUAUAUCAAAUUGAUUUUCUCAAUGUGCUCGUAUACUUUGUCUUAUUCCUUCACUGUCUCAUAGUAUCUUGUUUGGGACUUAAUUAUAGUCUCUAAAGUGUGAAUAUUUCCGUCUCCUCUGUAAUUGACUCGGAGCUGCGUACUUUAAAUGUAAAUUGUCUGAGCUCAUGAGAUGGACGUAUGAACUGCAUGUAUAGUCUGUUGUCUCUUUCUUCCUCUGAGAGAAUUAUGUAUUUCCUGUCCUUUUUUGAAGAAUUGGUCCAACGUGUGUUUUGGAAACAGAGGGAUUUCUGCACACUUCAGAACAGCUGUAGCAGUUUAUACAGUAUGUUGUAUAACAGACCCCAGUUUUUUAUUAUUUUAACGUUGUCUCCAAAGUGGGGCUAUCAGCAUACAAUAUAUACAAUAAUUUAAACUGGACUAGUUUUAAGAGAUCUGUUGACAAAGAUGAUAUAUAUGAUGGAUGCAAUAUGAUUCAAGGUACUCAUUAAGUUUGAUCCUCAAACUUAGGUUAUGUAAUUUAAGAACAUUCUUGUGAAGUGAGUAUUAAUUGUGACUAAUGAGUCUGUCCUGAAUAUUCUUUGUAUUUUGCUGUAUUGAGAAUAAAAUAUAUAUGAAUAUGUUUAA